AUGUCACAAGCACUACUUGAGUUUGCAGAACCCUUUCUCUCCAAGGUAGAAGCCAUGGUACAUGCGAUUGCAGCUGAUGUUCCUGUCGAAACAGACUGGGCACAGUCUUCGUUUGGGUCUUGGUACAACCACCCUCGUCAGCAUGGAGUGGAACUCACCAUUUUGGCUAGUAUUUAUGGGUGUGCAACCUACAUCUUUUUCCGUCGUCUAUUACGACCCGGUACCGAGAAUUAUAAAUUAUUGACAGAAUUCGAACCAGCCCAUAAAAGAGCGAGUUUAACCGAGAGAGCCUUGACAUUCUCCCUUAUUUGCUCUCUCUUGAUGACCUUGACACAUAAAAUCAUUCGUAGUCGAGUUUGGUUCAUGAUGCAACCAUGUCAUAUGAGUGGUCUCUUGCUACUGAUCACUCUAGUUUACCCAAACAAACGAUCCCCUAUCCCGCAUGUCUUUUUUAACAUUUAUCUGCAUUUGCAAUGGGGUGCCUUGGCCGCUUUAGCAUUUCCUGAUCUACGAGAACAUACCUUGAUUGGAGAAACAUUCAACUUUUUUGCAGAACAUAUUUUACUGCUCGUGGUGCCUGUUUACAUGAUCUACAGCCGUCGCUAUGCUGUUCUCCCCAAAUCAAAGGAGAUCUUAUUUCUAUCCUUCUUUUGUUACAGUUUCUUUCACACACCUGUUCUUCACAUCAUUUCGCUCAUCUCUGGCUUCAACCUUAACUACAUGUUUGCCCCACCUCCCAGUAAGUUUUUUUUUUAUGUCUCUUAUGAUUGA